UGGCCAGAAUGAUUGACAUCUAGGGAGAAACUUCCACCAACCUAUGAAGAGGGAAACAGCAAGCUAGCUUUUAAAUCUAGCUAAAGUUGUUGAUAUAAUCAGUUAGAAUGCUACCUCUUUCUUUGCUGAAGACUGCGCAGAACCACCCUAUGCUGGUGGAACUGAAAAAUGGAGAGACGUACAACGGACAUUUGGUCAGUUGCGACAACUGGAUGAACAUCAACUUGAGAGAAGUAAUCUGCACCUCAAGGGAUGGAGAUAAGUUUUGGAGGAUGCCUGAGUGCUAUAUCAGAGGGAGCACCAUCAAGUAUCUGCGUAUCCCCGACGAGAUCAUCGACAUGGUGAAGGAGGAGGUGGUGUCCAAGGGCCGUGGGCGAGGCGGCAUGCAGCAGAACAAACAGCAGGGCAAGGGUCGCGGCGGUGGAGCCGGCAGAGGAUUGUUUGGCGGCCGCGGCAGAGGUAUGCCAGGGGUGGGAAGAGGACAGCAGCAGCCAGACAACAAAAAACCUGGUAAACCUCAGGGUGUUAAGAACCAGCACUGAGACCCGGAACUGAACAGAGGGAAAAGGAAAGAAAGGAGGUCUAGAGUUUUGAGAGUAACUCAAAUCAAUCUAAUGAGUUGAGGGUAUUUCACACCGGUAGCUUGUCAUAGUUGUGUGUGGUUGACCAUACUUUCGUUGUGAACUCUUAAAAAUUGUAUUUGGGGAGCAACAGUUUGGGGAAAAAUGUUUUAAUCUUAUUUUUGUCUUUUUGUUUUGUCUUCAGAGCCAUUUAGUUUUCAGUUUAUGAUAUAAUAUUUGUUGACAGUUAUCUGUAGUGCACCUAGCAAGUAAUUUGAAUGUGAUCUGUAGUUGCUGAUUUAUAUUAUGGAACAUGUCUACAAGAAUCUCUGCAAAAGCUUUCUUUGGCAUUUAGUCUCAUGUAUGUAUCCUAGGGUUUUAUGUUUGGAUUUUAUUUUUCAUUUUUUACAUCAAGACAAUGUUGUAAUUUAUGUACAAGAGAAGACAUGAGAAUAAACAUUUUUGUUAAAGACUGUAUUUGAAUAAAAUAUUUCAAAUCAAAAAUGGU